AUGGGAAUCUUCUGGAGAUGCCUGCGCACCCAAGUGAAAAGUAGCGUCGAAAACCUUGAUCCAGCUGAUUGGAUGCGCGACAUCCGGCAGCAGCGCCCUGGAACCCACAAACUCUCCAGUCUCACAAUACCCGGCACCCACAACAGUUUUGCGAGGGUUGGAUACGUUGAGGCCUCCCCUGUAUACCCUGAUUUCGUACGGGAGUUCGCUGAGUGCCAGACGUAUGGGAUCAGGGAACAACUACUCAUGGGUGUACGCUAUAUUGACCUUCGAACGUCCGGUACUGAUCUGCAUCUACGACAUGGCCGUAUUGGGCUUAAGGGAUACCUUCGAGAGGCCCUCGACGUUAUCGCAGAGUUUCUACAGCAGCAUUCUGACGAAACUGUGCUCGUUCAGGCGAAGCGAGACAUGGAGUCUUUAACGGGAGAUCGUCAUGGCGAAACUCCGGAAACCAGAAGGGCAGUCGAGGACGCUUUCAGUAGCUACUCAUGCAGCUAUACGGAAACUAGGGAGCCUUCUCUUGACGAAUGCCGAGGAAAGAUGGUUCUCCUGUCUACCGAUCACGCUACGAAAGGCAUAAACCUCUCUCCAAGCCGCGAUGGAUCGCCGAAUAUCAAUUGGGAUUAUGCAAACGAAGAGAAACAUUGGGAAGAUGUGGCGCGACGCCUGGAAUGGAACGCUAACAACGGCUCUACCGAUGAUGGCUGUUGGUAUCAUUGUGGCUGCAAUAGUUACUGGUUUCCUCCAGGUAAUGUCAUCUCCAAUUUGGUAGCUAUCAAAAAUCAUAACUAUCGGACUCCAAGGGACCAUUCUAAGUAUUUGAGUUGGCGUAUGAGCGAGCUCAUCAAGAAUAAGUACUGGGACAAGCGGUAUCGUCUUGGGGUUGUAGAACUGGAUUUUGCCUAUCCCACCCUCGUGAAGCAAUUGCUUUUAACGAAUUUUAACUAG